CACACCAGAACAAGGUCUAAUGUCAGUCUGUGAUCCCUCCUCACUUGUGCCCCACCCACACCCACACCCACACCCACACCCACACACACACACACACACACUGUGACUCCCACAGUCAUGUGAGCGGACCCCUCGGUGCAGUCGGAGGAGCAUGGACGACUGCAGGCCAAGCGGGAAGGGGGUAUAGACCAAGCGGGAAGGGGGUAUAGGCCAAGCGGGAAGGGGGUAUAGGCCACACCCGAGCGGGAAACGGGGCAAAUCAGAUUAGACGAGCCCGUUCCUGCCUUCGCUUCAGCGUAUGUAUCCGCAGCUUCCGGCUCAUGAUCUCCACAGCGUCCAGCACAACUGAGAUGGUCACCCAGGGCAAGAUCCAGAUCAGCAGCCUGGAGAACAUGGAAGAUAGUAAGAGCUCUGGGAGGCUAGGAUGCGGUGCCUGGCUGCUGUUCAUCAUAUCCAUGAUCUUCGUCGUUGCAACCUUCCCCCUGGCAAUAUUCAUGUGUGUUAAGAUAGUCAAGGAAUAUGAGCGAGCUGUCAUUUUCAGACUCGGUCGGAUCACAGACAAGAAACCGAAGGGACCAGGACUUUUUUUUGUCCUGCCUUGCACCGACACGUUUGUGAAAGUGGAUUUGAGAACUGUUACCUUUGACAUCCCUCCACAAGAGAUCCUAACCAAGGACUCGGUGACAGUGUCUGUGGAUGGUGUGGUGUACUUCCGAAUAUUUUGCCCGAUCUCGGCUGUGGCCAAUGUCUCCAACGCCCACUUAUCUACGCAGCUACUAGCACAGACCACCCUGAGGAAUGUGCUCGGGACGAAGAACCUGGCAGAGCUGCUGUCUGACAGAGAGGGCAUCUCACAUAAUAUGCAGGAGGCCUUGGACAAUUCCACCGAUACAUGGGGUAUUAAAGUGGAGCGCGUGGAAAUCAAGGAUGUUAAACUGCCCAGUCAGCUGCAGAGGGCCAUGGCGGCAGAAGCAGAGGCCAGCCGGGAGGCCAAGGCGAAGGUUAUUGCUGCAGAGGGAGAAAUGAACGCCUCCAGGGCACUGAAAGAAGCCUCCCUGGUGAUUGCCGAGUCACCAUCUGCUCUCCAGCUGCGCUACCUGCAGACCCUCAACACCAUUUCUGCGGAGAAGAACUCCACCAUCGUUUUCCCGGUCCCUAUAGAUCUAAUCCAGCAGUUUAUCAACAGGAAGUGAUGUCAUGACUAUGUUCCCUGUGUUCUUGCGACUGAAUCCAGUCAGAUUUGUAUCGUGUUGUUUAGGGUUCAGCGACGUCCCUUGCAUUUUAACCGAAUUUCCCUUUGCGUUAUGAGCUCAGUCCUUACACAGAUAUAUAUUUGGAUUUUUAAUAACACUCUUUGCUAUUUUCCCGUCCAUAGUAAUCGCAUCAAAUAGCAAUAAUUUAAUACAACAACGACAUUUAUCCAAAUCAUAUAUUGCUUCUCUACACACUUUAAAAUGUGAUUUAAUAUUUAGAUCCAAAGUGCAACAUAUACAGUACAGAUGUUAGUGUCUCGUCACUGACGGCAUGUUCUAACUACCUAAGCUACAAUUGCAGUUCUGUAAAAAAAAGAAAAAUCUAGAAAAAAAAACACACACCUCAAAUGCAAGACGAUCUUAAAAAGACAUGCGUUCAUUUCAACGUAUCGGGAGGAAAACGGUGUGCUGAAAUACUGAAAUACAAUCUUUACAACGUAAGUCCUGUAAACAACCGACAAUGGUACCGACAGCCGCGUGACAACUCGGUCCGCUCAGACACCGACUGACUGUAAACAACGUCCCCUACUCUAGCGUGGGACAAACAUUCAGGCCAUGAGAAUGACGUCAUGUGUCCACAGGACACACAGGCAACCAGUGCAGUUGGGAGUACCUGAUAUCGAGAAAUAUCAUUUCCAAUACUUUUUCGUCAAACAGCGCGACUUAGCGGUGUUUAAGCUAGCUCGGUUGUCCCGGCGGCAGUCUGGAGACCGCCGACGUCACAUGAGGGGCCCCGGGGAACCAACGCAACGGAGAAGGUGGUGGGGGGGGGCGUUUCUAAUAAUAUUCAUCAUUUAGCAGCAAAUAAAUGCAUUUCUCUAAGCACAUUUUUUUUUCAAUUUUGUAUUUUUCUAAGCAAUUUUUUUUUUUUUUACCCACUGGUAGUAAAUGCUCUUUUGAAUACUUUAAAAUCUACUGUACAUCCCAAUCAUACUCCCACGUUGGGAAGUGAGUACGGUUUGCAAAUGACACAACCGAGCGGAGAGCUUACUUAACUGUAUGUAUGCACAUAGGAAAGGAAAAGUGUAACGACUGAGAAAUUAAAAAGACGAAACAGAAAAAAAAAAAGUUAUGGCAGUUGC